AUGAAUGAGGAAUUAAAUAAAAAUUUUGAUCCCAUAGCAACAAAUUUAGAAGAACAUACAAAAAGUUCUAAAGAAAAUCAAUCAAUCAAUAUUAUAAAUACAUUACAUGAUCAACAAUUAUAUAAUAAUAAUAAUACUCAAGACUAUAAUACUAUAGAAACUAUUCCAGAACAAAAUAAUUGUGUACAAAUCAAUAAUGAAUUAGUAUUUCAACAAAAUGAUACAUCUAAUAUAAAAGUAUUUAAUAUUGUCCUUGAAGAAGAAGAAGAUCAUGAUGAUGAUGAUGAUGAUUUGGAAUAUAAUCAUAAAGAGGAGAAAUCAACAGAACAUAUAUAUUAUCUUCCAUUAGCUAUAGGGAAUUCAAAUACAUCUAAUGAAAUAUUAGGAAAAGAAUUUAUUACUACUUUAACCGAUUCGAAUUCAAAUAGUAUAUCAGAUAAAAUUUUAUAUGAUUUAGGUAAAUCAUUAAUGAAUAGUCAUGAUGACGAUGAUGUGAUGAAUAAAGAAGAAUAUUCAAAAGAAGAAAUCAAUGAAUCAUCUAAAUUGAUAAUGACAAGUUUUGAUGAGAAUUGUUCUAAUGUAGAAACUGUCAAUACUAGUGUGACGACGAUGACGACGACGACAACGACGACGACAACAACAACAACAAUAGUUACUACUAGUUCUGUUAUUACUAAUAUAACAACAAAUACUACUAAUAUGAUAACUACAACUUCUACACCUAUUUGUAGUCCUAAAAUUGAUCUGAUUACUGUAAAUUUAUUAAGUUCAAAUGUUAUACCAGAAAGUAUAGCACAACAAUUUAAUCAAAUAGCUAAAUUGAAUAAAAGUAAUUUAAGUAGUAAACGAACAAUUAGAACAACUACUGCAAAACUUAGUCCAUUUACAGAUUCUAAACGUCAAGCAAGUUUUGAAGAUGCACAUCUUACAGAGAUUAAUUCUAAUACUGAUUUAAAUAAAAAUAUACAAAAGAAUUUAUUGAAAGAUACAUAUCAUGCACGAUUUCAUAGUGAUGAAAUAGCAACAUUACAAGAUUAUGUUUUAAAACCUCAAACUCAAAUUAUUCAUGAUUUGGAAUAUACUAAUUUAGAAAAUACUGAUAUUGAUCAUGUUAAUUCUUCAUCUAAUACAGGAUGUAAUAAAAAUAGAAAUAGUAAUGUAUUUCGUAGUAAAAGUGCUUUAAGUACUUUACCACAAACUAAAAGAGGACAACGAUAUGGUCAUGGACAUCAAUCGGAACCUAGUUCACAAGGCACUGAUUCUGUUUACAGACAAUCACCUCUUUUAGUCCAUGAAAAUAUAUCACAUUCUCAAGGUCCAAGCAGUGGUUUUACUGCUUCAGAAGAAGGUUCUUCGAGUUCACUGCCAUCUUUAGAUACUGGAGGUAGUAGUUCAACUGGUGGAGGGUGUAGCAGUGGUCACACACAAACAGCAGAUGAAGAUCAUUCUAUUGGAGACGAAUUGAAUUCAGCUAAUACCCCAAUUUUACAUUCCAUUUCCAAAAUAUCAAAAAAUAAUAAUGAGUGUGAUAAACAUAAUUCUCAACUGUUACAUUCAGAUGAAGCGAAAAAUCUUCAGUCAGAUAAUGUAUCAUCUGAUAAAACUGUGUUAAUAUUGUCGAAAAGGCGACAUGCUGUCAAAGAACUUAUUCAUGUUGAAAAAGAAUAUGUGAAUGCAUUAACUACUCUAGUCAAUAUGUACAUGAUACCUUUGAAGCAAGAAAAGAUUCUAGAUGAUCAACAAGUGGAUACUAUCUUUUUUAAAGUGCAAGAAUUACUCAUGUAUCAUAUGAGUUUUUUAAAUACACUUCAAAUGUGGGAAUUAACAAACACAGUUGGUGAUAAGUUACUUGAUAUGUUUUCACGUGAAGCAGUUGCAAUGUGCUAUUGUACAUUUGUAGAUAAUUUUUCCAAUUCUGAAAGAACUCUAGAAACAUGCUGGAAUACAAAAUCAUCAUUUCAGAAAUUCUGUGAAAUGAAGUUGCGGAUGAAUCGUAAUAAACUUCCAUUGAAAGCGCUUCUUGUACAACCUGUUCAACGGAUACCCCGAUAUGAGUUACUUAUUAAGCGUUUAUUAGAAUCAACUCCUAAAGACUAUUCAGAUCAUGCAUUACUUGUUGAAGCAGAAAGUGCUAUACAUCGAUUGGCUUUAAGAGUGAAUGCUGUACAUGCUGCUGGUGAAGAUGAAAAUAUUGUAGAUGGUAUACGAUUAAUUGAAAAACUUUUAGCACCUGCUACUUUAACACCAACACGUCAAUAUGUUCGACAUGAUAUUGUUUCAGUUGAAGAACGAAAAGAUCCUGUAUGUAUAUUUAUGUUCACAGAUCAAAUUGUUUUCACAGUUGCAAGACGCAGAGGAAGUCAAGUGAUCAAGAAACCGAUAUUUCUUCGUUUGCAGUCCAUUCGUGGAGUUGAUGCCAUUGAAAAUAUUAAAUAUAAAAUUUAUCAUCGAUUAGGCAUUGAAGCUAUAGAACUGGAAUCACGUUUAGAAGUUGGCAUUGAACCAACUGGACAACAUAAAGAGGAUCUAGAUGCUGUUGUGCGUAAAAUGUAUAUGUCUAUUCAAAAAGAGCUUGAAGAUUUACGUACAGCUAGAAAUACAACAACACCUAUGCCUGGUAAUAUAUCAAUUUUUACCGCUACUAGCAAAGAAGGUGUUGAACGUUAUGAGUUAAUGUUUCCAAAUAGUGCAAAACGAAAAGAAUGGGAAAGAACAAUACUCGAAUUAAAACGUCAAUUAAGUUCUGUUAAAAGAAUGGCACGAUUUAAUGAGGCUGUUCAAAUUCCACGUACAUUACCAGGAAUACAACUUUCAUGUGCAUCUAUGAUUGAAUCAUCUCCGAUUGUGGCUGAAACACCUUGUGAUGUAUGGAUAUGUGCAUCUGAUGGUUAUACUGGUUAUGUUUGUCUACUGACAGUUCAUCCAAAACCUAACGUCUAUUUCAAUGUUCCUUUGUCCGGAUGUACAUCUCGAAUCACAUGUAUAUGCUCUAUUCCUGGCUAUAUUCAUCCUGGAUUAAGAAGAACAUCCCACAGUCUAGGAGUUCAAAGUAUUCGGUCGAGAUAUGGAAUGGAAAAGAAACGUUCAGCCACUAUGGAUCAGCCACUUUUAGAAGUAGAACAACAGGUAACAGAAGAAAAUAAUCGUCAACAAAAACUGUCUGCAGCAUUGUCAGAAAAAGAAUCUCGGAUGAUUACAAAUGAGAAAGUGGUUGAUUCAAAGGUUGUGGAUAAAAUAGAAUCAAAUACAAACAAUGAUGCAAACAAAAAUGCUGGAACUACAUUAGAUGAUGAUGUAAGAUGUAGGAAAAGUAGCAUUCUACAAGACACAAGCACAAGUUCUCAUUCAACUACUCCACCUGAUACACCAACCAAUACAGAAUCUACAUUGAAACUCUCAGAUGGAGAUGAAUCUAAAGGUGAUGAUAUUUUAAAUCUACCUAAGAAAUGUGAUAUUGCUCAAGAAUCUAGUGAAAUUAACGUGCAACAAAGUCAUGAGUUGAUUACUCAAGCACACUGUGAAAAAUCCAAUUCGUCUGAAAAGAUUAAAAACGAACCACAACAAGAGAUUAGUUUAGAUAUUUAUGCUGAAUAUACUGAUGAUCAAGACGAUCCUACAUCGAAUGAUUCAGAUUCUUCUGACAUUAGUGAAACAGAAGGUGAUUUAACACAACAAAUAAUUUCAGAGAAUUUAUCAGAUAACUCAUUAUUCAAAGAAUCUGAACAGAAUAUACAAUCAUCUUGUGAAUACGAUGGCAAGACAGAUGAAUAUUCAAAUUCACAUGGUAAAAACCAUUGUCUCACUAAUUCAACACAACCAUUGAUGUGGUUGGGUACAGAAGAAGGAAGUAUUUUUAUGUUUUACGCAACUGAUAAUCUAAAGACAAGUAGACAACGUCAGAAACUCAGUUUAUCCCAUGGAAUCAAUAAUAUAUUGCAUUUCGAUGUGCAUAUAUUUGUUGCUUGUGCAAACGGUGAUCUUAUUGUGUACAAACGUAACUCAGAUGGUUUAUGGGACGUUGAUAAACCGAUACAUGUGAAAUUACAGCCUAAUUCUAAUGAACCAGUUAUUGUAAAACGUAUGUUAGUUGUUGCCGGUAAAAUAUGGUGUGCAGCGCAUCGUUCAAUAUUUAUUUUAAAUCCAGCAACACUUACUUCAGAACUUUCGUUCCCACUGAAUGGUAAUUAUGCAGAUCCACGUGGAAUCCAAUUGAUGGCUUAUGGAAAACAGACUGUAUGGUUAGCAACAGAAAAUAGUUCACGUAUUAGUUUAUAUCAUGCUACAACAGGUGAAUUUCUAAUGGAGAUUGAUUUAAAGCCUAUUGUACUUCAAAGGUUACAAGAUUGUGAUGAAAUUAUCAUGAGACAUAAAGAAGCUUGUCUAAGAAUUACUUGUUUAACAGUAUGCAAAGAUUUAUUGUGGGCUGGAACGAGUGCAGGAGUUAUUGUCACUGUCGCAAUACCAAAACUCGGUACAGGACCUACACACGAGAACAUUAAACAACCUCAAUUAGAGACUUUAUCAUAUGGACAUAUUGGACAAGUUCGAUUCCUUGUAACUUUGGAUAACAUAGCAGAUGAUGAAAAUUCAAUAACAUGUAAAAAUGAAAAAAUCAAUACAUCUAAUCAAUCAAUAUACAUAUCAAAUUCAGCAAUAACCCCAUUUUCUGAUAAAGUAACAUCAUCAGAUAAUAAUGAAACAAACACAUCAUCUCAUUUAGUUAAUUCUAGUCGAACAACUGAUCAUAGUCAAUCUGGUCAAUUAUCUAGACAUCAUUUUAGUGGUAGUCGUAGAUCAUCAAUAAAUCCAUGUACUACUAUUAAUACAAAAAUGAAAGUGAUUAGCGGUGGUGAAGGACGUGAAGAAUUUAGUAAAAAAGAUUUAACAACAUUGGGAAUAUAUGAUAAUAAUCUUUGUUGUACUAUUGGUGAUGAUGACAGUGACAAUUAUGUUCUUAUUUGGGAUGUGAAAUAA